AUGAAUGAUAUGAAUUUCUAUCCAGAGACGAGUAUGGGUUUUCGACCUAAUCAUCGUCCAUUAUCACCCAAUUUAACUCUCAAUUCACCUAUAAAUUCUCAACGACCACGUCUUCCACCACAUAUUGCUGAAGAAAUGUUACGUUCAUCACCAUCGGAAAAUUCAUUAACCAAUAGUGCAAAUGAUAAUUUAUCAUCAUCAUUAAGCCAAAAACUUUCAUUACCAUCAUUUCUUCAAAGUCCAACACGUUUUAUACAACAAUUACCAGCAUCACCAGCUAGUCUUUUAUUAAAUCCUUUAAUUAAAAAAAACGAUAAUGAACAAACAAAAUUAUCAUUAAAUAAUGAUGAUGAUGAAACAAAUUUAAUUGAACAAAUUGAUGAUUAUUUUAUUCGACGUCGACAAUAUUUACAACAUAAUAUUGAUGUUUCACUUAAUAUUAGUAAAUGGGUACUUGAAAAUCUUAUUUUCUAUUCAGUUGAAACAUUAAGACGUCAAGCUCAAAUUCAAAGUGAAUCAUCACGUGCCCAUUUAACACCAUUAUCUGCUAUAAGAAUGGUUUAUACAAUGAAAUAUCAACAAGGUAGUGGAGUAUUAUGGAAAGGUUGUUUUAGUUCUCUUAUAUUAACAACAAUGGAAACAAUAUCAAAUAAUUUAAUUGAUGAAAUAGCUCCAUUAAAUAAUACAUCAUUAAGAAUAAAACAUAUACUAUUAAAAGCAAUUAGUUCAUUUCUACUUAUACCUAUGUAUUCAGUUCAUCUUCUUCGAUCUGUUCAAUCGGAUUUAACAAUUGUUAAUCAUUGGUCACCAUUAACAAUUUUUAUUGAACCAUUUCAACGUUUACUUGGAAUUAAAACUGGUUUUUAUGCACGUGCAUUUCCAUUAUGGUAUCUUAUAUCAUUAAGUUUACCUUAUUUUGUUGGACGACAUGCAUUACAAUAUUUUCUUAAUCAUCAUUUUUUAAGAUUUCGAGAAGAAAAUUUUCAUAAAAAAGAUCAAUUAAUAAAUUUAAAUACAAAACAAUUCGAAACAAUUGAUGAUAUUGAAUGUCAACUUAUUGAUACAAUACCAAAUCUAGUCGAUCGGUCAUUUUUACGUAUAGAAGCAAAUAUAUUAUCUGUUUUUCUAUCAAAUUUUUUACUUUAUCCAUAUGAAACUAUACUUAAUCGUUUAUUUGUACAAGGAACACGAACAAUUGUUGAUAAUCUUGAUACAACAAAUGUUGGUUGUAUUGCAAUAAAUACACGUUAUUUAGGUUUGUUUGAUUGUUGUCGAACAAUAAUUGAAACAGAAGGAACAUGGGGACGUGGAUUUUUUAAAGGUAUUGGCUUUUUAAUGCUUAAAUUUGGUUUAAUUUAUACAAGUGCAUAUUGUUUAAAAAUUCUUAUUGAACGAUUAGCUAUUAUUUAUACACAAAAUACAAGUGAAUUAAGUAAAUUUCAUCAUUAUGUUAUAUCAAAACAACAACAAGAACCACAGCAUGAAUCAUCACAACAAACACGUGUAUCACAAGAAGCAAGUACGGGCACAUCGUUUUCAUCACAGACGGAAAUAAGUCAAUCAGGUGGUAGUACAACAAUAAAUACUGCUACUGUCAGUUCAUCCGUACCUGUUACUUUUUCAAGCCAGUCAUCCUCAUAUACAGGUUCUUCGCAAGAAAUAAGCACUGGAGCAUCUUUCUCGGCACAAACGGAAACAAGUCAAUCAAGUGGUAGUACAACAAUAAAUACCGCUACUAUCGGUUCAUCCACACCUGUUACUUUUUCAAGUCAAGCAUCCUUGUAUACAGGUGCUUCUCAAGAAAUUAGCACUGGGGCAUCUUUGCCAACACAGACGGAAACAAGUCAGUCAAGCGGUAGUACAGAAGUAAAUACCGCUACUGUUCUAUCAACUUCACCAAUAAGCUUGUCAAGUGAAUCAUCUCAACAUACACGUGUCUCACAAGAAGCAAGUACGGGCACAUCGUUUUCAUCACAGACGGAAAUAAGUCAAUCAGGUGAUAGUACAACAAUAAAUACUGCUACUGUCAGUUCAUCCGCACCUGUUACUUUUUCAAGUCAAUCAUCCUCAUAUACAGGUGCUUCGCAAGAAAUUAGCACUGGAGCAUCUUUCUCGGCACAAACGGAAACAAGUCAAACAAGUGGUAGUACAACAAUAAAUACCGCUAGUGUUCCAUCAACUUCACCAAUUAUCUUGUCAAGCCAGUCAUCCUCAUAUACAGGUUCUUCGCAAGAAAUAAGCACUGGAGCAUCUUUCUCGGCACAAACGGAAACAAGUCAAUCAAGUGGUAGUCCAACAAUAAAUACCGCUACUGUCGGUUCAUCCGCACCUGUUACUUUUUCAAGUCAAUCAUCCUUAUAUACAGGUGCUUCUCAAGAAAGUGGCACUGGGGCAUCGUUGCCAACACAGACGGAAACAAGUCAGUCAAGCGGUAGUACAGCAGUAAAUACCGCUACUGUUCCACCAACUUCAGCUGUUACAUUCUCCACACCAUCAGUAACUUAUGCAAGUGUCUCUCAAGAAUCGAGCUCUGGGAUGUCUUUCUCGUCGCAAACAGGAACAAGUCAAUUUGUGACGUCUGGUAGUGAAGGAAGUAGUGGGAUUAUCGCUUCUGUUACACAAACCCCGAGUUCAUCAGCAAUUCCAGACAUAAGUUUGUCAACCGCAGCUUCAACUGGUUCCGUCAGUACUCCAACAACCAUUUUUACCGAAUCGACAACUGUUGCAACAAGUACUGGCAUUUUUACGAGCUCCUCUAGUACUAUUUUAAGUUCAAGUGCUAUUGAGAAUGUAACUGUCGUCAGUAGUAUAUCAACACCUACGGUAGAAGUUACUACUCAGGUUACUCUAACAUCAAGUGCAAGUAGUUCAAGUGUAGUUACGACAACGGCAAUAUCUCAGACGGUUACUUCUAUAAGAACCGGUACUAGCGUGACUAGUACAACAGCCACAAGUUUUGUUACUUCAGAAACAUCAGCCAACACAAGUUCCACCACAUCGACAACCGCUUCAACUUCCACAACACCUGCCGCAGAAAAUUUGAUAUUUACAGUUUUGAGCACACAAUCUUUCGAUCCAAAUAAUAGUACUCUUGUAGAGACACUUCGACGAGGAUUAUCUGCUGUUAUAAAUUUCGGCUUUUUGUGCUUUAAUAAUCCAUUCAAUCAAGAAUGUUCACAAUUAUCGCGACGUAAACGUCAAACGAAUCAGAAUUAUCUAAUUGAAAUAAUUCCACCCGUAACUUUGCUUUCUGAUGCGAACACUUACCCAAAAACAUAUAGAGUAUAUUAUACUGUCACUGAUUUAAGUACAAAUAAAUCAGUAUCAGCUGCUGCUGUUCAAAGUGCCACUGAUAAAUUAACAAAUACUCAAAAAGUCACUUUGCUUGGUUUUAUAUUUGAGGGUAAUUUAAUACAAAGUCCAAAUAUUUCGCAUACAGUGUCAACUCCAACAACUGAUAGUAAAUUAUGGAUAAUUGGUGCUGUUCUUGGACCAAUAGCUUUUGUUUUAUUACUUAUCAUUUUGUUUUGUUUUAUUUAUGCAAGAUGUAGAAAACAAGGAAAUAAUCAAUCCACUGCUGAAGCUGUUUACAAUAUUCCACAAAUAUCAUCUCGUGCAUCAAAUUAUCAAACAGCUUCAAAUGAACUUCGACAAGAACAAGCUACACCUCUUAAUAAUGUUCGCGUAUUAACUCAAAAUGAUAUUUUACUUGGUAAUACGGCAUCAUCCAAACAAUUACCACCGAUUAAAUCACAAACAGCGUCAAAUAAUAUGCCACAAUAUCCUGUAUCAGUUGAUAUACCAAUGCAAGAAACACGCCAUCUUAAUGAUGUUGAACAUUGGAGAAAUAAACUUCGUUUACAAGAAAAAUUUGAACAACAUUAUGCUGAUCCAUUAAAUGAUCUUGAUCAAGUUUAUCAUUCAUCUGUACCGAGAACAACAACACCUCUUACAAAUCGUUCUCGUACAUAUCAAUAUAAUAAUCCAGUUUUUGAAUCUGAUGCACCACAAACAUCGGAAAAUGAAGUUGGACGAGCAAGAUUACAUCAUUUAUUAGAUGAAGUACUUGAUCAAGCUGAACCACCCAAUCAACCAUAUGCUACAGAUUCUGUAAAUGAACAACAAAGACAACGUCGACAACGACGUCGUAUUCAUUCAACAUCUUACGAUCCAAGAAAUACACGUAUAAUCAAUGAUAAUGAACAAAUUUAUCAUACACCUAUUAUGCCACGAGUAUCUGAACGUCCUGAUUCGAAUCUUCUACGUCUUCAUUAUGAUCCAUAUGAAGCUGGUGAUCGUAUACAUGAUAUUGAACAUUCUAUGCCUGUUGUAUUUAAACCUAAAUAUCCAUCGGAUGAUAAUGAUAUAAGAAAAUAUUAUUCUACAUCAUCUUUUCGUUCAAAUCAACCGUUAUUUUAUGAUGAUUCAACAUUAAAUAAUCGAGACAGAAUAACAACAAUGGAUCCAUAUGGUAGUCAAAACCGUCAAGCUCGUACACGUAUUGAAACUGAUCGUGAAUUUAUGAUGCGUCCGAAUCGUGAUCAUAUUGGACAACGUCAACAUAAAUUUGAUAAUGAUGUUGUUUAUAUUGAUACAAUGCCUAAACAUCGAGAUGAUACACGAGUGCCAAUACAUGAUGCAUGGACAGAGAGCAAUGAUAAUACUAAUGAUCAAUUGUUUCAUUUAAAUCCAUCAGAUUUAAAUAAACGUCAUGAUUAUCGUGAUGAAUAUAUGUUGGCUAAACAAAGUGUUGUAAAUACAAAAAAUUUAGUAUCAGCUAUACAUGAUGAUUUACAACAAAUUGUUUUUGAUCAAUCAUCUGAUAGCCAUUAUGUGUGA